AUGUCAGAUAUAAAACCACCUACGGGCAUAGGCAGAUACAGUUCAAACGUAUCUGAUAUAACGGUUCUGGCUGGGAAAUGUGCUUCCGAAUAUCUGAUUCGUCAAGUAUCUAAACUGUCUGCUGCUGUGUAUUCUCCUCCAAUAGCUACUACUCCAGACACGUUCUGGGAGUUGGAAUUUAUCGCGUCAUUUGAACAUGAUCCAGACUACUGUUGUUUUUUUCUGACGGCGAUUCCAAACGAUCAAGAAAGUAGGAGUUUAAUAUGGCCCAAGAGAAAGACUUAUAAAGCAUAUAUUUAUUUGAAAGAUCCAGAUACCAACGAGAUUAUCGAAAAGAAACCCAUUGAACAUGAAUUUAAUUUAAAGGAACCGAGCUGGGGUCAUUUUACCUUUUGCCCAAUGUCCUCUCUUCCAUCCUCUGAUCAAGUAAUAAUCGGUGUCGAAUUCGAUCACUCUGAGUUGUCAUCAAAUUCUCGACACAAUGCUCUACCCGGUCCCAGUAUCCCUAACGACUUGAUCGAAGCGUGGGGUGAACAAGUAGAUAAUCCAGCCACUGCAGAUGUGAGGUUUAAUCUUUCCGGUCAUUUUGUAUAUGCCAACUCUGCAAUAUUGUCACAGAGAUGUCGUUACUUGAAAUAUAUGUUUGAGGGGGAGUGGGCAUCCGAAAAGAAUCAAAACAAGAGGGAGAGUGUGGAUAGCGUGAGGAGUUUCCAAGGGAGAUCGAGUAAAUACAAAUAUCUUGUAGAUAUCAAUGACUUUCAUCACCUGACUUUUUUAGAGAUGUUGAGAUUUUUGUACACUGACCAAGUUCAAUUUGAGGAAGAUCCUGACCUCCAUUGCACGCCGAUUGAAGUUUACGCCAUCGCCGAUAAAUACUUCAUAUACGAACUCCGCAAUAGAGCCAAGAUCGAAAUAUGGGAUAAUUUAGACGUGGACAAUUGCGCGAUGAUACUGUUUGGUACAGCAGCACAAUGGAAAGAUUUGAAAGAUGACAUUCUCGACUAUGUAGUCGCAAAUUUCUCAAAAGUGAAGGAUACGAAAGGAUUCAAGGAGAUUCUGUGUAAUCCGGAGGACUAUCCAAUGUUUGGUGAGCUUUGGGUGGAAAUUAUGUCCUUGACAAAGUCUAAAUAG